UGAUCCCGCCCCGCAGCUAAUCUCAACUGGUGGUUUCAACGGUUUUCGGCCCGAGCCGGUUCCCGGAAACUGGGUCAGAACAAGUUGGGGAGGAGCCUGGGCCUCGGGCCAGGAGGACCGGGGAGAGCCAGGGUUCAGGAGGACCCCGGCCCGGGCAGGUGCAAGGAGUGAAGGGGCUUGUAGCCAGGACAGGGGUAAGGAGUGAGGAGGGUUUCGGACCGGACCAGGCCAGGGGCAAGGAGUAUUGAGGCUUGGGCUGGACGAAGGGUCGCAAGGCUUAUACUGACAAUGAAUUUCUCCGAACUGUUUAAACAGUCGAACCAGUUGUGCAGACUAUCUCCCGAUGGGCGGUACUCGGCAGCUUGUGUCCAGUACCGUCUGAUAAUCCGUGAUGCACACACCUUGCAAGUCCUGCACUUGUAUACAUGUUUGGACCAGAUUCAGUAUAUCGAGUGGUCAGCAGACUCCCUCUUCCUCUUGUGUGCCAUGUACAAGCGUGGUCUCGUGCAGGUCUGGUCCUUGGAGCAGCCUGAUUGGCACUGCAAGAUUGAUGAGGGAUCUGCUGGGUUAGUGGCCUCACGAUGGAGUCCUGAUGGACGUCAUAUUCUCAAUACUACAGAGUUCCAUCUGAGAAUCACCGUCUGGUCGUUGUGCACCAAAUCUGUAUCUUAUAUCAAGUAUCCCAAAGCUUGUCAGCAUGGGGUGGAUUUCACUAAGGAUGGCCGCUACAUGGCACUGGCCGAGAGAAGGGACUGCAAGGAUUACAUCAGUAUCUUUGUGUGCAGUGAGUUGCAGCUGCUGAGGCAUUUUGAAACUGAGACUCAGGACCUAGCUGGUAUUGAAUUUUCACCGAAUGGCUGUGUGUUGGCAGUCUGGGAUUCCUGUUUGGAAUAUAAAGUCCUUUUAUACUCAUUGGAUGGGCGCUUGCUAUCCACAUACAGUGCAUACCAGUGGUCUCUUGGUGUGAAAUCUGUUGCAUGGAGUCCGAGCAGCCAGUUUCUGGCCAUUGGCAGCUAUGAUGAAAAGGUGAGAAUUUUAAAUCAUGUGACCUGGAGAAUGAUUGUGGAAUUGGAACAUCUUCCAACUAUCAAAGAUUCUAAAAGUGUUAUAUAUAAGGAGGUUGAAAGUCGCCCAGACAUUGCUGCUGGGGCUUUGUUACUUCCUCCACUUGCAACUGGAGCAAGUUCCUUGUUCAGCUCAGAAAGUAAAUAUGAGAUUUGCCAGCCUCCAGUUCAAGUCCCAAUAGUGAAGCCUGAACCAGAUCGCGCAAAUCCUAAAUUGGGUGUUGGGAUGAUUGCUUUCAGUCCCGACAACCGUUUCUUGGCAACCAGAAAUGAUAACAUGCCAAAUACUGUGUGGAUAUGGGAUGCUCAGAGACUGAAGCAGUUUGUGGUUUUGGAGCAAAUAUCUGCUGUCAGGUCCUUCCAGUGGGACCCACGUAGAGCCCGGUUGGCCAUCUGUACUGGCAGCAACAAGGUUUACCUGUGGUCUCCUGCAGGGUGUCUAUCUGUGGAAGUACCAGCUGAAGGAGAUUUCCAGGUUUUAUCACUGCAAUGGCAUCCCAGUGGAGACUCCUUAAUUCUAAUGAGUAAGGAUCAAAUGUGUGUGUGUUAUCUGGAACCUGCAGAUGAAAGUUAACAAUAUGCUCCUAAGAAAUGAAAGUACAAGUUUACACUGGUUCUGCCAUGUGUCAAGUGCAUUGCGGACCCUGAAACUCUUCUUCUUAUGAAAUGGAAAUUAAAAUGUGAAAAAUAUACUUACUAUUUUUAGGUACCAAAGCUAUUUUUAAAAAAUAAUAUUACAUAUUCUAUGAAUCAGCGAAUCUCAAAUCUUGACUGCAAUCUUUUUCUGUUUGACAUUGGUUCCUUGUAAAUUGGUCAACGUUUCCCUCACUGAUUAUUCACUCAGUUAUCCUUGGAAAGUUGUCUGCUUAUUAAUUGAAGAAAAGAUGAAGUUGCUUGAAAAAAACUCCCAAAUUGUGUAAUGUUGAAAAUUCACAACAAAAAAUUUGGGUUUUGUUAUAAAGAUCAGUCAAAUCUUUAAUUGAUCUUGGCACAUCUCAUGCAAGUGAAAGGCACUAUGUAAAUAUGACUCUUCAAACAGGAGAGUUGUAUAUAGCUUCUCAAAGAUGUAAACAUCAUUUAUGGGUGUUUUAGGCAACUAUCAAUGUAAAAUUAUAGAUCUUUGUUUCAUUCAUUGAAAUAUGGCUUCAUUUGUCUCAGGGCUGCAGCUAGACAUUUUGCCAUGUGCCAUGACAUUGUUUUAAAAACUAUUGAUUAUUUUGAUUAUGCAUAUUGUAAACCUUGAUUGUGCAAUUUCACUGUCUUAAGUUACUCAUUCUUAUGAACGAAGUGACUUAAAAUUGUUGUUUCAUUCUAAGCUGCUGUAAUGUUGAAUUAAUGUUAAGCUAUCAUGGAAACAGGCAGCACAGAAGGCAAUUUUGUUCCAUUGUACUGAAUAGAGUAUAUUCUGCUGCAUCCUAACUGAAUGGUGGAGACCAAUAGUACAGUGCCUGAAAAAUGUUUUAUUCAUUGAUCCAAGAGGAAUGCUCUGAUUUAAGUUUAAAAAAAGUAAAAGCUUAGUUCAUAUUGAAAUUCCAAGAACUGACUUCACCCUACUGCUUUUCUACUUAAUUUUAAUACAUUAUUUAACUAAUCUAUAUAUAUUUUCUAGAGUUUAAUGCUGUUAGCUAUCAUAUGUUGUGCAGUUAAGUUUGAUUUCUGCACAAGCUUCACAGAUUUGUAAACUAGUUUACUGUUAAAGUCUUUGCAUGGCAUAAAAAAAUUAGCCAUGAAACAAAUUGGUAUGUCUGUCUUCUAUUUGUUGUGUAUAUAAAGAUCAAUUAAUGACAUAUUGUGGAAUCAUUCACUCUGUAAAUUUUUGUAGAAUGUGAUUUAAAUAAAAUUUACAUUUGUCCAUCA